ACACCAGGAGAGCUACACAUUUGGUCAUUUUGAUACUGGUGCUGACACGGGUUCUUAUAGCUGCCACAGUCUAUUGUGUUGCGUUAAAAAUAAAGACAUACUGAUAAUAGGAUUGCCUGUGAGUGCUGAGGAGACACUGAUGAUGAAUGAAGAUCAGGUGAAUGACAUAAUCCAGAGAUGGCGAGAUACUCCAGAAGACGAUUUGAAGCCAGAGGACUACCAGCAGUUCAAGAAUUUGGGAUCUGCCUGUCUCACCGAGGGUGACGGUGCACAACUACUGAAAUUCCUCCAGGAUGAAAAAAACCAGGGGAUUGUGAAGUCUAUGGGUUGUGUUCUCAUGGCACCUCUUGUAAAGGAAGUAGUUCGAAAAGAGAAGAGUGUUGAUCGCUGCCAGGCUGCCAUCACACAUCUGACCAGGACUUGCAGCCCAAAUGAACUCCUGCAUAGCUUGCUUGAACUAAUUGAAGAUAUUGAUCCAGGUGCCAUUUCUGAGACCAUCUUAGCCCUUGUUCCACAUCUUCAAACAGUGCUGCUUCAGCUGGAUGAGAGAAAGGCAGCCUGUGUGGGCGUGGCUCUGUCGGCCCUGCAGAAGCAGUUGUCCCGGCUGCCUGUACCUUACACCCAGCAGCAGGAGCAGGCCGAUGAGUACGGUCUGUGUCGCUGCUGCAACGCCUUGGCCGCGUUUACAAAGCCAUUCAUAGAGGAGGUGAAGAGGAAAAAUGGAAACUACGGUACCGCCUCUGAGGAUGAGCUAAAGACUGAGCUUCUCAAGUUCUGCAUGAGGAGCUUGAGAGAGCCUUUGCUCGAGGCUGAACUGAACCGAGACAGAAAAUCGUCACUGUGGCUCUUUGCAACAGAGAUAAUGGUCACACUACCUGCAAUCCAAGAGUCUCUCCCAGAGCUCCUGUUCUUCAACUCUCUGAAGAAAAGCACCCAGAUGGACAUCAGUCAGUCCAAGGAGUCUAGAGCUUGUCUGGCUUAUCUACUGUUUGUCCAGCUCAUCACCAUGGACAGCUUUCCAGCAGUAUUCAGUCCUGUAUUUGUUCUUCAGUGUAACAUGGAAUACAUCAAUCAACUACUCAGUAGCAAAAAGGAAUCUCACUUGCUCAAAGGACUGGCACUGUAUGCAAAAAGCUUGGAGCGUGUGCAGGACAACAGCCUUCCAGUGAGUCUACUGGAACUGAAGGGCUUCUAUAGUGUAUCACAGAACCUACGGAAAGUUCUUACUGACUGCCCAAUGCAACAUUUGAGAGAGUCGGGACUACAGGUUUUCCAGCUCCUCAUCAAUAAAUUUGACGCUGAAGCAAAGCACAGGUUCUUCAGGUGCAUGUUAAAAACCAGCAACCAUGCAGGAGUCGAGAGUUACAUAGUAAAGAACAUCAAGAAUCAAAUAGAAUUUUCUAUGGAGCCAGGUAAUGCCAAUAAAUGGUUCCUGGGAGAGGAGUUUCUUUUGUUGUUGGGACUGGUGUUAUGUUUGCCACAAGGUGCUGAAACAGAUUUGCUGAACAGUAUGGACAGGAUAAUGGAGAGUCUGAAUCUUCUACGCUAUCUCCUUAUCAGAGACAAAGAACUGAGGAACACUACACAUGUGUGGGAAGAGCUGUGCAGGAUCAAAGACAGAUACCUAGAAAUGCUGCGUGUGUGUAUUAGCAUAUCAAGAGCAUAUUAUUCUGCUGAACUGACAGCACUGAGGGAGGAUCAAAAGCUAAAAGCAAAAGAAGCCAGAGAUGCUACUAGAUCCACCAGAUUAGUCAAAAGCAUAACAGUGAAACACGAGAAAGUGUCCAAUAUGUCCCCAGAGGUCCAGCACCAGGUGUUGCAGAGUGCUUUGGUGACAUUUGACCUGAUGGAGAGUCUUAUCGUCCGUAUCGAAGAGAUCGCAGAGGAAAAGCUGAAGAUCCCAAACUAAACCGAAGCCGUUUGUGCUCAAGUGUCACUUCAAACCACUGGGUUGUUUUUCUAAAAACUGUUUUAUUUUAUUUGCUGUUUGACCUAUACAAAAAAGCAUGUAUUGACAAUAAAGUGUGAAAUUUUCUAUGCCAAAGUUAUUGUCAACAAUGUAAAUACAGAACAAACUGUGGUAAUAUAUUGAAACACAUAUUUUACCUUUGCUUAUGUAUAUUCACCAAGUAAGGCUUGUACUGGUUAGCAUCAAAUAAAACAACACAAGUGUUUCUAAAAA